AAAUUCAGUUCAUCGGCGUCCCUUCAUGAGAGGUUAGAAAUAAGUUAGAAGUUGUGAUUUUAUUAAUUAAAAACUGUGAAUAAUGAAUUUUAUCAAAAUAAAAGACAAAGAAACGACCGUAAAACUGCCUAUUAACAAACAAAAGCUCAAAGUUGAUGUCGUAAAGACCUAUUUUCCCGGAGCCAGCGGUUUGACUUUUUUCGAUGGCAUAGAUAAGUGUGGAAUAUGUAUUGAAAACCAUGAAUUUCAUUUGAUUGAAGGUGUAGAUGAAUACGAAGUAUUCUACACUAAUUCACUGAAAGAAAAAAACUACAGCGAUGCCAAAAGAAAAAAAUUUAACGAAAUAAUGGAAAUUAUUGACGGCAAGGAAAAUCAAAGUUCGAUACCCCAUCAACCACCUGAUAUUUCAACACAUCCCAAAAAAAUUCUAAAAAUUUUACAUGUCGGAUGGAAACAUCGAGAUGAUUGUAGUAAAAACUACAAACAACAAAUUGCUCCCUAUGGUGGUAUUGUAAAAGUAGAAUUAAAUCACAAUGAAAAGUAUUCAUUUGAUACGAUCAAAGCACUAAGUUUAUCUGCAAUGGACAAUAUUUACAAUAGGUCACUUUUAAGUAAUUCAGUGGUCCUGCUAGGAAAUUUUAAGGAAAAAAUAUUUGAAAAUUUCGCAACUACUAACGACCCAAAAAAUGACGAUUUCUGGAAAUUUAGUGAUACUAUGAAGUCGAAAAACGGGCAGUAUAGAUUAUAUUUAUAUUCAACAGUUUCAACGUCUGAAGAAAGCGAAGUGGAAUGUUCAACUGUAACACCUUUGCCAAAUGUUAAUCAGCCUGAAUCUGGUGAUAAAUCUAUCAGUGAUCCCAAGCCGUCUACUUCUGGUGAAAAAGCAAUAACAGAUUUAAAAAAGUUGAGUUCCCGUAUAAAAAUGUCAGCAAAGUUCUACCCGCCUAAUUCUGGUUUUAAAUCUAUCACUCAUUGUAAACCGUUAGCAUCUAAUACAAAAUCGUCAAUAGAUUCCAACCGAUGUAGUUCUAGUAAAAAAUCGUCAUCAAAAUCACGUUACACAGGAACAGUCCUCUCAUUGUCACAAUCAGUAAAAUCUUCUCACGGUUCUAGGAUUAAUACAAAUUCUCACAAAAAUACAUUAGAAUCAAACAUGACUCAAGAUAAUAAUGAAGUCAUAAGAGUUUCUAUACCCACAAUUCAGGAAACAGAAAUAAAUUUCACGGACACAGUUUUAGGUAGUGGAUCAUUUGGCAGUGUCAUUUUAUCGACUUGGAACAGUUCAGAAGUUGCUGUUAAAAAAAUUAAAGCUGAUAAUCGUAAAUAUAUAUAUCGAGAAAUAAACGUGAUGGAUAAGGUUCGUCAUCCCAAUUUAAUUUCAAUCAUGGGUAUAUGCAUGACAGAAUAUUAUGUUUACAUCGUUAUGGAGUAUUACAAGAGCAAAAAAUUUGGCGAACUUUAUAAGCACGCGAAAUGUCGACUUGGAUUAUGA